UCAACGCUUUCCCAAUUGCCGCGUCGUGGGCGAGUAAACCCAGGCCAUCGUCGACACCAGCGAGGAAGAGAGGGAAAGCGUCAAAGCGAAGAACCCUCCUGGCAUCGACCGCUUCCCAGGAGAACGUUUCUCUUUUCUCUCUAUCGUUACCGCCAAGAUCCCAGAAGCUGCUAAAAUGAAUUGGAGGUUUCCAAUUUUUGGGGGUCCUUCACAAGCACCUCCUCAGUCAAAUUUCCCAGAAAUUCCUUGGAAUUCUUCACAACCUUCAACUCCAAGCAAUUCGUCUGGUGGCAGCGCUCAUGAAAGGACCACUGUUCUUCUUCAGUCAUCACCGCAUGGGCAACCCUCACCUACUGAGGCCGCUGGAAUAAUUUCUCAUUUGAAGAAUAAAAGCGCUGAUGAACUGAGGAGGUUGUUAUCAGACAAGGAAGCAUAUGGAGCCUUUUAUAAUUCCCUUGACCAAGUGAAAGUUCAAAAUAAUCUAAGACAUGAACUUCGGAAGGAGACUCUGCAGCUUGCUAAGGAGAACUUGGAAAAGGAACCUCAAAUUUUGGAGCUUAGAAACCAGUGCACAAUUAUUCGGACGACCGAGUUGGCAGCUGCUCGAGAAAAGUUAGCUGAACUGGAAAGGAUAAAGGAACAAACUCUCAGUUGCUGUUCUCCAUCUGGUCUCCUCGAAAAGUUGCACGAGGGAAUGAAAGAAGUGGACAAGGAGUCAGAGGCGCUGCACCGGCAGCUCCUCGAGAAGGAGGUCGACCUCCCAAGUUUUGUGCAGAAGUACAAGAAGCUCCGCACCGUUUAUCACAGGCAGGCACUGCUCCGUCUGGCAGCCAAGACAUCGGGGCUCACAGCUUAGGAAGCUGUAACUAGAACUCUUUGCAAUUGCUUAUAAGAUGGCAAUGUAAUGUGCCGCCAAAACUUUUGUACAUGUGCGCGCGCACACUCAAUUGAUUCUUGAUUCAACUCUUGGACAAUCUAAAA